AUGCAUACAUUCUUUAGCCGGAAGGCGAGGUCCUUUUUACUGUCAAUCCUUUCCCUUGUCGCGUUCACAGUCUUCUUCCAUUUGUACUGCAGCGACCUCGAAGAGUCCUGGACAUCGUACGCACUCAAAUCCGGCAAGAAGUGGCCUUCGAUAUUCGAACAUGAUGGGAAGGAAGCGCAGCAAGACGUAUUGUCACCAUCCCAACCCUUAGUAUCAAGCUCUUUAGACAACGAACGCUCGCAAUUGCCUACAUCGACGGCCGGGCUAGACAAUAUGGGGAUGCUUUUAAGUCCCGCUACACCUACACCUACAGCAUAUAAGGAAAAUGAGGAAGGGCAACACAGUUCAAUAGUACACACGCUUUCUGUUGUCCUGCCUUCAACCUCAAGCACCUAUCCGACUGCCGAAUCCCCAAAGGCUACCGGUCUCACUGGAGCAAUUGUAGCAGCAGUGGGCUUGGCUACAGAUCUCAACUGGGUAACUGAAAUACGAGACCCUAUGUGGAAGCUCCACCGUUACAACUACGACGAUCCUUCGCCUCCACCCUCUACGUACUUCCCCGCAAACGGGGGAAACGAGGCAAUGAUGUACCUCAGCUACAUCAUCAACAACUACGACUCCCUCCCAGAUUACUCCGUCUUCAUUCACGGCCACCAGUUCUCCUGGCACCAGGAGGGCGACAUGGUAGCCAUCAUCAACGAUUUUCGACUGCCGGCUCUGGAUAAGGCUGGAUACGCGCCGCUGAGGUGCGAUUGGUACCCAAGCUGCCCGCGGGAGAUUCGCCCCGUCGAUCACGACGCCGUGGUAUGGGGACCCGGCGUACACCGCGAGGACACCGAAUACGAGAUCGGAAGAGUCUGGUCCACGCUCUUCGGGCGCGACGUCGAGCUUCCACGCACCAUCGCCAGCCAAUGCUGCGCCCAGUUCGCCGUUACUCGGAAAGCCAUCCAGCAGCGGCCGAAAGCAGAAUACGAGCGUAUGAGACGGUGGCUGAUGGACACGGACCUCAUCAGCGACGUCAGCGGUCGGGUGUUCGAGAAGCUCUGGGCUUACAUCUUCACGAGAGAGGCGAUUCGAUGCCCACCUCCGCAGCAGUGUGCGUGCGAAUACUUCGGGCGCUGUGAACCUAAGGGAUGGUCGCUACCGCCACCGGGAAUCGAAAAGUGGCCCGAGGAGUUUGACCACUAUGUCCCUGACAUCGAUACCACGGAAACUAUGAACGCAACGUCCAGGCCACAGAGGUAUCCCCCGCGCAAAGCUUAA